GUUUGAUCCCAGCCACAUCAUGGAUUUAAAAGCAAGGAACUUGAUUUGUUAUGUUGUCUUUAUCAUUCAGUUGGUGUCUAGUGAAAGAAUUAAUAAUGUACCGAAGCAGUUUAUAAGUGGUAUGGAAAUAUGUGACACGUUUAUAUCAGCACUGGGCAAAUUAUGUGACUGCAGCAGACGUUCUUUUCAUAUUGUUCCCAAAAAUGUGCCAGAUGAUUGUUUUAUUCUAGAUUUGAGCGGUAACCAGAUCAGUAGCAUAGAAAGGAACAAUUUUGCAAGGUUUGUGCAAUUGGAAAAGCUGUAUUUAAAUUCUAACGUUAUUCAGGCGCUACAUCCACAUGCAUUUGAUGGUCUGAUCAAUUUAACAGUCCUUGACCUUGCUACUAACAGGCUUCUGAAUAUACCUCCGCGAACAUUUACGGAUACCAGACUUCUACAAAUUUUAAACCUGACUGAUAACAAUCUUAGAGCUCCACCACCCGUUGGACACCUUAAGCGACUUCAGGAGUUGAUGAUCUCCAAAAAUUCAUUGAAAUUUGUGACCAACACAGCAUGGAAUGGUUUGGUAACUCUUAGGCUUCUUAACCUAUCUUCAAAUCAUUUAUCCAUGUUACAUGGGGAAACUUUCAAAGGACUUACCUCUUUGGUCAUCUUAGACCUUAGUCAUAACAACAUACAAACCCUAGCUAACGGUGCAUUUAUAAGUUUGGGCCGCUUGGAGUUGUUAAAGUUGGAUAAUAACCGCAUAAAUACAGUGGAGGCUAGUGCAUUUCAGGAUCUUCAUAUGCUAACAUCAUUACACCUGGAACAUAAUCAGCUGGUCUCCAUCCCGUUGAGCUUCCAAAGUGGUCUCCGCAGUCUAAAAAAUUUAUUCCUACAAGAAAAUAAGAUAAUUGAAAUACGAAAUGAUUUAUUUAAAUACUUGAUUAACCUAAAUGUCUUAAACUUGAAUAGUAACAGGUUGCAAAUAAUAGCUGGCCGCUCUUUCUUCCAUUUAUCUCAACUGGUCACGCUGAACUUAAAAAGCAACCAGAUUAAUGUUCUGCCUGCAGAUGCAUUUCUCGGUUUACGUAUGCUCAAGGUGCUUGAUUUGCGUAAUAAUCGUUUGAAAGAUGUUGGAAAUGUCAUGCAACACCUGUUGAACUUGGAAACGGCUCUACUGUCUGAUAACAUGAUCUCUUAUAUUCCAAUGGGUACCUUUGAUCAUUGUGUGCAUAUCAUUGAGAUUCGUAUAGACCACAAUAAUUUGACCUAUAUUCCUGAAGGAAUUGGGUAUUCCCCCACUGCUUCUCAGACUUUGAAAGGACUGUCAUUAGCUGACAACCCGAUUAAACAGAUUACAUCCACAAGUUUUGGCCGUUUUUCAUCGUUGCAGUUACUUCGUCUAAGUAAUACUCAAUUAAGGAGUGUUCCCAUCCGGGCUUUUAAUCAGAUGCCACGGCUAGUCGAGUUGUGGUUGGAUGGUAACCAGUUGACUACCCUUGCAAGGGGAACUCUAGUUCCUCUGCCGCGUCUGAAAGCAAUCCAUCUACAGGGGAACCUGUGGAACUGCCAAUGUGGCCUUCGAGAUAUCUGGUCUUAUUUAGAUUCAAGAAGUAUCUCUUGCGGAUCAACUGAAGCCCAACCUGUUUGCUAUUCACCGUCUAAUUUAGCAGGGCAGACCUUAGAAGUGGCAUUAUCCGGGAAAGAAUGCAUAGAAGAUGAGAGUACAUUCAGUAUGAUGGAGAUUGACAUACUAAUCCCGAUUACCGUUGGUGCGAUUGUAAUUAUGUUCCUAAUUGUUGCUUUUAUAUGCAUAGCUGCUGCACAAAAGAAACCUAGUGUGUACUCUAAAGUAAUGGUGCCUCCCGAUGGACACACAGGAAGGGCAGUGUCAUUGCCCUCCUUUGCAUCAUUGAAUUCCAUGUCAAGUUCUACUCCACUAACUCUUCCUCCUCGCAAUGGUAGCAAAAGAUACCACCAUCAGGACAGUAUAUUUCAGGAGUUCAAGUUACAACCAACAAGUUUGGACCGGCAGGGGUCUUACCUAUCUAUUAACGUACCACUACCGGGUGGAGAGUAUGCCAGUCCUUAUGCCCAGCCUUGCUCACAACCAAAGGAUCACCCCAGUUGGUUUCGGAGUGACUCUGGAUCAGAUCAUAGAGAGGACAUUUAUUAAUGGAUAUUUGACAAUCAUUAUCGUUUUUGAAGAACUUUGGACAUACUGUAUAUUUAGACUGAUGUUCCUCUUGAUUAUACCAAACUAUACUGAUUUACAGUAUUGUGUUCAUCUUCCAGAAUUGUUAUAAUGAGAGUAUAUUACCUGAUGGAAAACCAGGUAACACCUGAAUAUCAUACCAUAGAUAAAAUUUUGAAUUUACAUGUGGAAAUGUAUAAAUGUAAUAAAUAUUUCUUGUUAAUGUAUAGAUAACUUAAUGUAAUGUAUUGACUAGGUUGUAAAAAAUAGCAAUAAAAACACUUAAAUUUCAAGAGUAAAUCAUUAUCAAAUCAUCCUAUCUUAUUUUUUAAUUUCCAAAAUGAACAAUUUGCUUUUUAGCUUUUUAUCAUUAUCGUUGCAAGUAUAACCAGGUCUUAAAGCUACUGUAAACAAUAUUGAUAAUAAUAACCGGACAUUUCUGCUAAAAUCAAAGCAGUACCAGUGCAGUGUACAAGCGUAGGCUACUAUAUGUUUUAACACUGUAUGUCUAAAAGAUAAUAUAUAAAUAUACUGUUUGUAAAAUUCUUUAAAAGAAAUAGGAAUGUUAAAAGUUUAAAAGCUAUGACAGAGAACUACUGUAGCAAUUUAUAAUUUCUUUAUAAUUUAUUGUGUCAAAAAACUUUUCACUUGUUUCUUUGAUGUUUCUUAAAAAUAGAAUGAUUAAAUGGACCAGUGCUUGUAGCGGAAAAAUAAACUUCUACGGUAUGGUGGUGACUUGUAUUUAGCCUAAAAAACAUCUAUUUGAUUAGUUUUACUUAGUGUAUUUUGGUAAUUUAUUAAAUUUCAAUUAAAAGCUAA